GCGCAAAGCCAUCAUCGUUUUUCAUCGGUCCACGGACUGCAGCCAGCAAAAUUUGCGUGUGUGACAAGUUUUUUUUAUUUUCAAGUGAAAAAAUCCGAAAAUCUAGCAGCGUCUGGAAAAUAGUUUGGUGUUUAUAAGUGUUAUUUGUUCGUUGUAAUUGUUGUAAAUGUAAAAAUCCACCUGGAGUGCUUUUCCGAUCGGGAAAAUAGUGUGAUAGUUUUUGUCCAGCAGCGAGCUGAUUGUUGAUACGGCGACGAAACUCUGGUGACGGAUUGCGGAAAGUGAUGGCCGAUCAGACUGAACUGCGUAUGAAUUUAGCUGCCAUACAACGCACGGAUCCGUAUGCAAACGAUAUUAUAAACUCAUCGGCACACGUUGCAUUCUACACGUUCAAUACCGCCGAAAACGAGUGGGAAAAGACCGACAUCGAGGGGGCCCUGUUCAUCUACAGGCGCAGAGCCGAGCCGCACCACAGUAUUUUCAUCAACAAUCGACUGAACACGAACUCUUUGGUAGAACCGAUCAACGGACAGAUCGAGCUUCAGUCACAGCCUCCGUUUCUGCUGUACCGCAACGAGCGGGCACGCAUCCGAGGGUUCUGGUUCUACAACAACUCCGAGUGCGACCGGAUCCGGGAGGUCAUUGCCAAGCUGGUCGAGGGCUGUAAUAACAAUCCGAAAGGUAGCAGCAAGAAAAAAUCUGACAUGGGCAAAACGCAGGCCAACGGUAACGGGGCAGGUAACAAUGUGGACAUUUUCUCGAUGUUAACUAAAGCCCAAGAGGACUUUAAUAACAGCGCUGGAAAGCCAUCGUCGGCAUCGGUACCAAAUCAGGAGCCGCAGGUCCCGAGCAGAAACCCAUCAGCAGCUAUCAACAUUGUUCCGGAUGCUCCACAAAGUGUGGUAAACUUUUUCGCAGCUGCCAAACAGCCAGCGGCCUCGGAAGUGCCACUGUUUCAAACUCUGAUGUCAAAUCCGGUGCACACCCUGGAACAGAUCGAGAAGCAACAUCGUGCCAGUUCACCCCAGAAAGAGGUCGCUGGUACCGGUAAGCUAACGCCGGAUGUUAGUGAACUGGAAAAUAGCUUGAAAUUGAUGGGAAUUCCAAUAAAUACAGGACCCGCAGCCGGUCAAGAGUUGGGAAGUUCUCCGUUAGCCACUUUCCUCAGCUCGACCAACUUGGCCGCUGUUCGGAACAAUAACCAGCCGAUUCCGAAAACGAAACCCAUUGAAAUCAGUGAGCUCGAGUCCAGACACCAGCAGCAGCAGCAGCAACCUUUACACGAGCUUCUGAAAAGAUCGGAAUCGUUGAGCAAUAACAGUUCUCUGAACAAUUCCGGCCCGGCAUUGAAUCCAGCCGGGAUAAUAGGCGGAAGUGCCACAAAACCGGCUUUGAUGCCUCCGACUAUGUUUGCUUCCAGUACGAGCAGUGCUGCCAAGGGGCUGACCGAUUUGUUUGCCAACGCGGCAAAUAAAAAGCAUCCGGAACACCCGAACGGAGCAACCCAGAUCACAGCGUCCGUUACGGAUUUGCUCUCCAAAGCCAACAACAAUCAUCAUCCUCCGCCGCCGCCGGGAUUCUUCCCACCGAUGGUUGGUGCCCCCGUGGAACCGCUGACCCAGGCCCAGCUCGUGCAGGCCAUCAGCUAUCUCAUCAAGCACGAUUCGGACUUUGUUCGGAAGCUGCACGAAGCUUACCUAAAGUCUCUGCAGGAAAUGAUGGCAUUAUAACGUGUGUGCCCCACCGCAGAAAACGAAACUGACCUUGGCCGCAAGUCGUCGUCGCGUAUCAGGGAUCAGGGUCACCGAGGAGGUAGGAAGUAGGAGGAAAAGACUAUUUAGGGAGCGAAAAAAAUGAACGGAACCGGAACUAAUUUGCUGUUUGCGCGUGUGUGAAGAUCUUUUAGGCAUGAGAAUGACGAACUGACGGAUUGAUCCAUAUUUUAUCCUUAAUUAUUACGAUUUAAUUUCAUCUCUUCCUUUCUCUUAAGAAAUAUAUCGUUUCGUUCUGUUAUCGACUUCGUACUUCCCGCCCAUAAAGAAGCACAUUACACAGAUAGAAUAUACGUUGCUUUAGCUUAGAGCAAGUACAGAAA